AUGCUUUUCCUGGGGGGUGCGGAGGAGGAGAACCUCACGGUCGCGACAGAGUUCCUCCUCUUGGGGUUCAGCGACCUCCCCGAGCUGUGGCUCUUCCUUUUCCUGACCUUCCUCCUGCUGUACCUGGCCAUCCUGGCGGGGAACAUCCUCCUGCUCAGUCUCCUGCUGGCCGACGGGGCCCUGCACUCGCCCAUGUACUUCUUCCUGGGGAACCUAUCGAUCCUGGACCUCUGCUUCACGGCCGUCACGGUGCCCAACACGCUAGCCAAUCUCCUCACCGGGAACGGGGCCAUCUCCGCCACUGCCUGCGCCGUCCAGGUGUACUUCCUGCUGGCCUUCGGCUCGGCCGAGUGCUACCUCCUGGUGGCCAUGGCCUUCGACCGCUUCGUGGCCAUCUGCAGCCCGCUGCGCUACGCGGCCGUGAUGGGCCGGAGGACGUGUGUGGGGCUGACGGUCGGGUCCUGGUUCGUCGGGGCCCCCGUGUUCCUGGGGCAGACCCUGUGGGUCUUCGGCCUCCCCUUCUGCGGGCGGCGGGAGGUCGGCCAGACCUUCUGCGACGUGCCCCCCCUGCUGCAGUUGGCCUGCACGGAUACGGCCGGCCACGAGCUGGGCACGGCCGUCAUGGCAGCCUGCUUCUCGGCCCUGCCCUUCCUGCUGAUCCUGGGGUCCUACGCGCGCGUGCUGGGUGCCCUCCUGCGGAUGCCGUCGGCCGUGGGGAGGCAGAAGGCCUUCUCCACCUGCUCCGCCCACCUGCUGGUGGUCACGCUUUUCUACGCCUCUUGUGGGGCCAUGUACCUGCGUCCCAAGUCCACGUUCUCCCUGCGGAAUGACCGGCUCCUGGCACUGCCCUACACCUUCGGCACUCCCCUGCUCAACCCUCUGAUCUACAGCCUGCGCAACAGGGAUGUGAAGGGGGCCCUGCGGAGGGCCCUGGGGAGGCUGCCCAGCUCAGAGCGCGUAUGA